AAAGCUUUAACCAUGCAGCAGCUCAACUCAUCCAACAGCUCGCUCAGCUCUCCUAUCUCAACUGAAAACCUGAUUGGCAGUAGUGUGAUGGCAGUUUGCUUCAUACUGGGAGUCCCUGGUAAUAUUGCUGUAAUGGUGCGUCUUGCUGGAUGGCUGAAGAAAGGCAGCUUCACCCCUAGACUGAUGCUAAGCCUGGCUGUAUCAGAUUUACUCACUCUGAUUUCUCUGCCAAUUUGGAUUUGGGCUCUUCUGUAUGGCUGGGUGUUUGGCUUGGUCUUGUGCAAGCUUCUCUCCUAUAUGGUGUACUUAAGCCUCUAUUGCAGCGUACUGUGUGUGAUGUUGAUGAGCAUGCAGCGAUACAUGCAAGUGCUGCAUCCUGAGAAAUGGAACAAGCUUGGAAGAAAAGGAAAGAAGAUCCUUUUGAUUGGCAUGUGGAUGUUAAGUGCAGUUUUAUCGUGCUAUGCUCUCAUUCAGCGCACUCCAAGCUUGGACAGGGAAGGACGACUUCAGUGCAACCUAAGAUAUAGGAAUUAUGCUGAAAGAGUGGCUACUUUAAUCUGGGAGGUUAUAAUAUGUGUGGUUUCAUUCACCAUAGUAUCUUAUUUCUACUUUCACCUUUACCGGGGAGUUAAUAACUCAGCUUUCUUUAGCAGUGACACAUUGACAAAGAUGGUGACCCGAAUUUUGGUAUGUUUCUUCAUUUUUUGGAUCCCGAUUCAAAUAUCCAACACUGUGAUCAUCUUUGCUGUGUUGCUUGGGAAUGAAAAUCUGUUAAGAUCUGCAGAAUCUGGAGACAAUAUCAGUACAGCUCUGAUUUUCAUUAACAGUUGUGUGAAUCCAUUUCUGUAUGCUUUCUCUGCUCGGGCUCUACAACAGCGAACAGCUGGAACAGAUGAUACUUAG